AUGCCGCUCAGGUAUCGCAAGGUGACGGUGGGGGUGUGCGCCAUGGACAAGAAGGCCAAGUCCAAGGCGAUGCUCGAGAUCCUGAACCGCCUCGAGGACUUUCCCGAGUUUGAGAUUAUAACCUUCGGCGACGACUGCAUCCUGAACCAGCCCAUCGAGCAGUGGCCCAAGGUGGACGCGCUGAUCUCGUUCUUCUCCGACCGAUUCCCGCUCGCCAAGGUUCAGGCGUACGCCCAGCUUCGCAAACCCUUCGUGGUGAACGACCUGGACAAGCAGUGGGAUCUGUUGGACCGGCGGAAGGUGUACCGAACCCUCGCAGAGAACGACAUACCCGUGCCGAAUCACAUCGUGAUCAACCGCAACGAGGAGGUCAAGCCGGGCGUGAUGCCCGACUGGUCCAGGGACUUCGAGGCGCCCGGGUUCGAGGAGCACGAGGACUACGUCGAGCUGGACGGCAAGCGCAUCGACAAGCCCUUCGUGGAGAAACCCGCCGACGCCGAGAAUCACAACAUCUGCAUCUACUACCCGCACACUGUCGGCGGCGGGUACAAGGCGCUCUUCCGGAAGGUUGGCAACCAGGCGUCCAGGUACUAUCCCCCGCCCGCCCCGGACAGCAGCAAGCCCUACACCCCCGUGCGCAGGGACACCUCCUUCAUUUACGAGGAUUUCAUGAGCACGGGCGGCACCGACGUCAAGGUGUACACCGUGGGUCCCAACUACGCGCACGCCGAGGCGAGAAAGUCGCCGGUUGUGGACGGGCGGGUGCAGAGGGACGAGAACGGUAAGGAGGAGCGAUUCCCCGUGCUCCUCACCCCGGACGAAAAAGAGAUCGCGCGGCGGGUGUGCCUCGCGUUCGGUCAGACGGUUUGCGGGUUCGAUCUGCUGCGAACGAAGGGCCGGUCCUACGUGUGCGACGUCAACGGGUGGUCGUUUGUCAAGAACUCGACCAAGUACUUUGACGACGCGAGCGUGUGCCUCCGGGCGAUCAUCCUGCAGGCCGUCGCCCCCGAACACAAGGCCACGAUGGAAGCCACCGAAGCUGCGGACCAGACGACCACCGAGGACGACCCCAACGCGGAGGCGAUGCAGCAGCAGCCGGAUGAGUCACCCGCGGAGCAGAAGAAGAAGGGGAAGAAGGGGCAGCCGGAGCCGCCAAAGGAGGAACUUCGCGCCGUACUCGCGGUGAUCAGGCACGGCGACCGCACUCCCAAGCAAAAGAUGAAGAUGCGGGUGAAGCACGAGCCGUUGCUGCAGCUGCUGAAGAAGUGCACCGGGGACAGGCCGAGGAAGCAGGCCAAGCUGAAGACGCCGGCGAGGCUGCAGGAGCUCCUCAACAUCUCCCGCGUGCUCGAUUCACCCCCGCUCGCGCAGCCGAGAUCCUCCUGUGGCAGCAAGGAGGAGUGGGAAGAGGAGGUUGAGCAGUGGAAGCAGGUGGUGAGCAUCCUGCAGGAGGGCGGGCACUUCAGCGGCAUCAACCGCAAGGCGCAGCUCAAGCCUCUGGCGUGGGAAGAGAUCCCGGAGGAUCAACGCAAGCCCACGAAAGACGGCAAGGAGGGUCCUACGGAGCGGGUGACGCAGGCGCUCCUGAUUCUCAAGUUUGGAGGCGUCCUCACCCACCUCGGGAAGAACCAGGCUGAAUUUCUCGGUCGCGACUUUCGCAUGCGGAUGUACCCAGGUGGCGAUCCAAACAGCGACGGCCUCCUCCGCCUGCACAGUACCUAUCGCCACGAUCUUAAGAUCUAUUCGUCCGACGAAGGUCGCGUGCAGAUCACAGCCGCGGCGUUCAUCAAGGGUCUUCUGGAUCUUGAGACAGAGAACAACCAGCUCACGCCCAUCCUCGCGUCGCUGGUGAACAAGGACGCCAAGCUCCUCGACUUUGUCACGCACGAGGUUGAGGAAGACAUCCUGCACGCCAAGCAGAAGCUCUACAACAUCAUGACCGAUGGACACGUCAAAGGGAAGAACAAAAACAAGGAGUACUCCACGAGUGACACAGCCACCUACGACGACUUUGAACUAUCUCGGCGUCCGCCUGGCGUUCCCGAGGAGCCCCUCAAGCUCCUCCGCCUGAUGAUCGACCUCAUCCAGGGUUUGACCCGACAACUCCGGGAGAAGUGCUUCCGCACCAACGUCCCGACGCACAUGGGCUCGCCGACCACCACCACCUGGGUGGACACCCUCGCCGCGACCGCCCCGCGCGGGUCCAUGCCCAAGGGCGGCCUCGCCGAACUGAAGGACGGAUCCGUGCCCGCGGGCGGCGAGUCUUUCCUCCUCAUGCACGCGCGGUGGAAGAAGCUCGAGCAGGACAUCUACCACCCGAGAAAGGGGAGAUACGACAUAUCCAAGGUGCCGGAUGUGUACGAUGCCGCAAAGUACGACGCCAUCCACAACUCGCACCUCUUACUCGACGGACUGGAGGAGCUCUACCGCAUCUCAAAACGACUCGCCGAGGGCGUCGUGCCCAACGAGUACGGCACGCACGCGCACAGUAAGCUGAGGAUUGGCGGGACUAUUGCGCACUCGCUCCUGGUCAAGCUGCUGCAGGACAUGUUCACCACCAGGCAGGAGUCGUUCAACAUCGGCAAGCCCGAGUCAUACAACAACAGCGGCGGCAAGACCACGGACGGCGAGACGACAGACGCGGAGAAGGGUGAGUCGUCCCUGCGCAGGGAUCCCAGCGGCGAUCCUUCCAAUGGUGACACCCUCGAUAACGAGGAGGAGGAGGAGGACGAGGACGAGAAGGCCAUCAAGGAGGAGGAGGAGACGGAGCUGAGCACGACGCGCCUGAACCACCGCUACGCCAACACGGUUGGCGUGCACUCGCCCCAUCGCCACGUGCGAACCCGCCUGUACUUCACCUCAGAAUCUCACAUCCACUCGCUGCUCAACGUGCUCAAGUACUGUAACCUGGAGGCGUUCACCAAGACGAACCCGCCGAGCCUCGUAUCGCACAGGCUGGAGACAUUGGGCGGCAUCGGUGACCUGGACUAUCUCACGCACAUCGUGUUCCGCAUGUACGAGUGCUUCGACGUUCCGGCGGAGGACCCGAACAGGUUCAGGAUCGAGAUUCUCCUCUCCACCGGCAUCGGCCUCGACCCGUUCAAGCAGAAC